AUGCGUCCACCAUUCAUCCUCCAACACACCACAUACAACCUCCAGCAUAACACAUACAACCUCCAGCACCACACAUACAACCUCCAGCACAACACAUACAACCUCCAGCACCACACAUACAACCUCCAGCACCACACACACAACCUCCAGCACCACACAUACAAACUCCAUCACAACACACACAUCCUCCAGCACAACACAUACAACCUCCAGCACAACACAUACAUCCUCCAGCACAACACAUACAUCCUCCAGCACAACACACACAUCCUCCAGCACAACACACACAUCCUCCAGCACAACACAUACAUCCUCCAGCACAACACAUACAACCUCCAGCACCACACAUACAACCUCCAGCAUACCACAUACAACCUCCAGCAUACCACAUACAACCUCCAGCAUACCACAUACAACCUCCAGCACACCACAUACAACCUCCAGCACCACACAUACAACCUCCAGCACAACACAUACAUCCUCCAGCACAACACAUACAACCUCCAGCACAACACAUACAACCUCCAGCACAACACAUACAACCUCCAGCACCACACAUACAACCUCCAGCACACCACAUACAACCUCCAGCACCACACAUACAACCUCCAGCACACCACAUACAACCUCCAGCACAACACAUACAACCUCCAGCAGAACACAUACAACCUCCAGCACAACACAUACAACCUCCAGCACAACACAUACAACCUCCAGCAGAACACAUACAACCUCCAGCACACCACAUACAACCUCCAGCACAACACAUACAGCCUCCAGCACAACACAUACAACCUCCAGCACAACACAUACAACCUCCAGCACAACACAUACAACCUCCAGCACCACACAUACAACCUCCAGCACAACACAUACAACCUCCAGCACAACACAUACAACCUCCAGCACCACACAUACAACCUCCAGCACAACACAUACAACCUCCAGCACAACACAUACAACCUCCAGCACCACACAGCCCAAAGGAAGAGAACCCACCAUGUGGAGAUAGAGUGGGCAGACAAAGGCAGCCUUGUGUGUGGUAGGCAGCAGCGGUGGAAUGCUCAGCCUCACACCAUGCCUGUUUUCUAG